AUGUUCAGAAUAACUUUAUUGAUUACAAUCUGGUUAGCCAUCAUUGCCGACGUGUCUGGCAGUUACCUGUGCUACUGCUAUUGUCCGGACAUAUAUACGUAUGUUGGUACGACAUAUGCAAGCACAUGCAGUAGUUCCGCAUGUGCAGCAGCAUGCUUUAAUAGCGUAGCGUCAUGUACUUCGUAUUAUUAUACUUACGGCACUUGUUCGGGCUCAGGAAGUGGAUCGGGUAGCACAUGGUAUGAUAGUGCGUACAGCACUGCGAAAAAUACUAGCGCUAUAAUUGGUAUCGUAGUUGGAUGUGUGGCCGGCGCGGUUGUAUUAAUUGGUAUUAUUGUUGUAACAAUCAUUCUUUGUAAGAGAAAAAAAAGAUCUCAGAUUUGGGCUAUGCAAACACAACAACAACAACAACAACAACAGCAAAUAGGAAUGCAACCAGCUUUCAUCACUGGUACACAACAACCAUGGGCACCUGGCCCUUAUUAUUAUCCACCUCCUGGUUAUCCAGCAUAUAAUCCUAGCCAACCUGUUUUAGUGCAUACUUGA